UCACCAUCCAAGACGAAAGGCGCACACGCCGGAGAGCAGCAGCUUUAUACCGGGGCUAAAAUUAGGGACGGAUAGUGCGUAUUUCCUCCGCUUCGUACAAUUGGUCCAGCUUCUACUGCCGUGAUAUUUAUACGAUCUUAAGGUCUUCCAGCACUCAUACUUGCUGCAUGAGUGUGAAACACAAGAGUGUGAAAGCAGAAACCGAGUUGUAGUACACUACAACAAGUUUCUUGGAGGGAUAUUGCAACCGGUCCCUGGUCUUUAAAGAUUUUAUUUCACGGGGACAACUGGAAAUGGCUUCGAGUGGAACCAUUUUACCGUCUAUUUCCACAUUUUCGGCACAGAGGGAAAAAUGCUGGGAAAACAGGUGGAAGGAGGAACUGGACAGGUCCAUGCAUCUCAGCUGCACAGCUGACAUAUCAAGCAUGGACAACCUCAGAGGAGCAACAGAUGAUGAAGAUCUCGAUAAAUAUCUGGAUCUGGAGUUUAUUCUGGCCAACACUGCAGGUUCGGAUCAUCUCGGGCUUGGAAUGGGAGGCGACUACAGGAUGCAAGAGUCCAGAAACAUGUACAAUCCGACGGUGGCCCCCACCGCAUACCCAGUGCACGACAUCAACCCGUCACCUCCACCGUACACCACCAGCCUCAUGGCAGAGCUUCUGCAGUCUGACGUAGACACCUACUGCCAACCGUCUCAACUGCCCAAUAACAUCCAGGGAAGAUUCCUAGUCAGGUCUAACUUUCCCAGUCAGGACAUUUCGGAGUGUAUCAAAGUGGAGCCCUGCAUGGACAGUUAUGGACCCGUGAGAGGAAUGGUUCCCAAAGUCAAACAGGAGGGCAACGGUGCAUGCAUGAGGUCAUAUGAGCAGCCGAGACUGGCCAACUCGCCGCAGGGAGCAGGCAGCAUGACCCCGCCGCAGAGCCCCGCGGAGCUCAUCAACACAGACUGUCAGUCACAGAUCUGCCACCCCAUGACGUUCACACAAAGUUACCAGGGCAACACGGGGUUUCCCCAUUCUGCACCUCCGCAGAUGCAGCUGCCGUACCAAAACGCUCGUCACUUCAGCAUGUGCGACGACAGACUCGGGAUGCCCAGCGCCAACCAAAGAGUACUUCUGACACCACCCUCAUCUCCUCUGGAGAUGGACGCCAAACCAAAGAGGGGACGACGCACCUGGCCGAGGAAACGGACGGCGACUCACACGUGCACUUUUUCCGGAUGCGGCAAGACCUACACCAAAAGUUCUCACUUGAAGGCGCACCACCGAACGCACACAGGCGAGAAGCCUUACCAUUGCAGUUGGGAAGGUUGCGGAUGGAAGUUUGCCCGUUCUGAUGAACUGACCCGUCACUUCCGCAAGCACACCGGACACCGACCCUUCCAGUGCCACCUGUGCGAGCGCGCCUUCUCCCGGUCCGACCAUCUCGCCCUCCACAUGAAACGCCAUAUGUAGGAACAGACUGAAUAUUUGGACUAAACGCACUGAACCGUGAACAUCUCGGAUGUUCAAAGCAAGCAUUUUGUCUGUACCCCCCCUAUUUAAAGUAGGACAUUGUCAGCAUGAUAAAGAGGAAACAUGAACUGACUUGACUCUUGCAUUGUAGCUGGUUCUACACCUCAUCUCUUUUCAGAUUUUUUUUU